UCGAAAACCAAAACAAAAACCUAAACCCUUCACAAGAGAACUACAACAAAAAUAAUGUCUUCACAAAGAUACAAUUUUGCUUUUCUACUAUUAGUUAUUUGUCUACUUUUCACUCAAUCAACUGCAAGUGGUUGUGUUUUCAAAGGCCAUUGUAGAACUGAUGACAUUUGCAAACACGUAUGCAGAGGCCAUGGGUUAGAUCCAAUGUUUCAAUUGUGUGUACCAUAUUCUUCAAAGGGAGGAAAAUGUUGUUGUUUACAUUAUGAUGGGGCACCAUCAUCGAGUGAAGAUAUUUAGUUUUUUUUUCUCUAAAAAGAUACAACUAUAUAUUUGUAUUAUCAG